AUGGCGGCGCAAGACCACCACGCCCAGAAGGGCUCCGAUGUCGACACUGACGUCGACGCCCUCAGAGCGGCUUUUAAACGAAUUCGUGGGCCGUAUCCAAAACCACCCGACAAGGAGGCAUACGAAUUUGUGCGAUCCAAGUGUCCAGCCCUCUCGUCAGAAGAGUCAAAAAAAAAAUACUCUCAUUACAACCACAUUUGGGGCUUUGGGGAUCUCCUUCACAUGCACGCAGUGAUCAAGGCCGACGACCUUCCAGCUAUGCGCGAGCUCAUUCGACUCGAGCCGGACCUGCUCAGAUGCGAGUGGCCAGGAGAUAUGGAGUGCCCACCGAUGGUGUUGGCCGCGCGCUUGAGCCGUCACGCGAUCCUUGAUCUCCUGAUGAAGCACCGGGCUACGCUCCCGCCCGAGAUGCGGGUUCCGCCAGUCUACGACGACGACGACGAGCAUGGUAAUUGGGGUACGCCGCUGACAGAGGCGUGUGAAAUGGGCCGCCUCGACACCGUACGCCUCCUACUACAAGGCAUGCCUGACACAGACAUUAACGAGGUGACCAACGGCGGCUUUACACCACUUGUAGCCGCAGCCCACGGCCACAUCGGCCCUCCCGAGGUGCGUGUUGAGUUGAUCCGUUACUUGCUUGAGCGUGGCGCCGAUAUACACGCCAUAGUACCAGACUCUUUGGCGCCUUGGGAGACCCUCGACAAGGCAUACGACAAAACCGUCGAGGAUGGCCCAUAUAUCUCACGGCCACGUCCUGGUGGACGUGGUAAUGUUUUGGUGUGGGCUUUAAACUCUAGCUGUAGUUGGGUUUUAGAGUCUUGUAGUACAGCCCCUGCCGUGGUCGCGUUAUUAGUCGAGGCCGGUGUGAGCGUGUAUCAGAGCUACUUGCACAGGAUCCAGCGCAUUAACAAAACAGAAGAUCAAGACGUCGGCACACACGUUCACCUUACAUACGACAGGGCCUACCUUUCGCCCAUCGCCACGGGCGCAAUGCACCACGACAUCGACGGCGUGAAGGCGCUGUUGAAUCUCUUCCCUGCCGACCACGAGCGCCUCCUGGCCACGACGGAUGCAGUCCUUGUGCCCCAGCCCCCAGCUCCGUUGCGGGACCCAGACGACGAGGUUCCUGUCCUGCUACCCCUCCACGCAGCCGUAAUAGGCUCGUGGCGUGGCGUAUACGUAUGGACUCCAGACAGCUGUAAAGCAGCUGUGGACAUGGUGCGGCUACUCACGGCCGACAAGGACAUUUGCGCGGCGACUAUUAAUGCCCGCUACCGCCGACACUAUACGGCGCUGCACAUGGCCACGAGCUUUGACCGUAUGCCUUUAAUGGUGGCACUGGUCGAGCUAGGCGCUGACAUCGAGGUUCUACCCGGCCGAAAUGGCCCCGGCAUCAUCCUUGCCCUCUUUUCGUCUGUCUCCCGUGUCAAUAACUGUAGUUAUACACACGAGGCGUCCCAGUUGGCUUACACCGUGGACGCAUCCACCGACAUACUGGCCGUGCUCACGAGACUACUACAACGAUACAACCAGCGUGGCGAGGAUGCAAAAGUCGAUGCGCACAACGCAGCUACCCGCAUCGCCCUCGUAAACGAGGCCGACGCCAACGGCAACACGCCGCUCCACUUCGCCAUGGCCUACCGAUUGCCGCGGUCGACCGCGGCGCUGCUGGCCCUCGGUGCGCGGACGAAUGUUGCUAACAACGCUGGGCAGGUGCCGUGUAGACCACCACCCGGGCAGAAGUCGUCAUUCUAG